GUGGAAGGAAACGAAUUUCUAAUAUCUUAUGGAUUUAUGCUUCCUUUUCUUUAUACCAGCUUUGACAAGUACGUCUUCAUUCAUUCGUUGCUUUGCUCUUUUCUUUCUUUCUUUCUUGUCUUCAUCGUGUGUCGGGUUGGGUUCCUUACUUCCUUUAUAGGAAGCCCAGAGGACCGUGAAAUAAGAAAAGGAAAGAAAUCCGCGUUGUUUGGUUUCGUCGAUACUCGGUCUUCCAAACCCUAAUCUUGUUGUCAUCGUCGUCGCCGUCUCUGAUGGGAUUUUCUGUAAUUAGGGUUUGUCUUAUGGAGCCGGCCCUAAUUUCAUGUUCAUGACCCUUUCGAUUCUCAAACCCUAGAGUUUUCCGGCCAUGACGGGCUCUGCGGACGAUGCCGGGGCCUCUGAUUCAUGGGAAACGGCGGAUUUGGAGGAGAGCAUGAGCAGGUUGAGAGUCUCCUGCAGGAAGAAUUCAGCGACGCCACCACCGCAGGACUUCGCUGAUGAUCCUCCUGUUCCUCCUCCUGCUACUCCUGCUUUGUCAUCUUCUGCUUCGCCUUCGUCCGUUGGUUCUGAGAGGACUGCAGGGGUUUCGGAAGAUGUUAUCAAUCAGGUUGAUCAGUUUCUCAGGGAAGCUUUGCAAAACCCUCGUGAGCGUUUGUCGAUUCUGCGAAUGGAACAGGAUGUUGAGAAGUUCAUCCGUGACCCGACUCAACAGCAAAUGGAAUUCCAGCAGCUUCCUACUUCCUAUUUGCGCCUGGCAGCACAUCGUGUGGCUCAGCAUUAUUCCUUGCAGUCAAUGGUCAUAUUAGACAACAAUUUACCUGAUGGAUCUGGUUCCAGAAUUGUUGUUCGCAAGACUUCUGAGUGCCGGCGCCCUUUAAUUCGUCUGUCUGACAUUCCUGUAAACUUGCCACAGGAAGAUAGCAGUAGUGGCAUUAAAGUUGCAAUUAAACAAAGACCACAAAAGCGAUCUCAGACUGUCAACAGUGUAAAUCCACAUACAUCCAGGGCAAAUUUUUCAAAAAGUGUGGAAGAACGAAAAGAGGAAUAUAACAGGGCCCGUGCACGGAUAUUUAGCUCUAAUAGUAGUGGUAGCAGUAGUGCUGCAGGGAAAACAGAAAGUGAACUCACAGUGCAAGACAGUGUCCUGCAGUGCUCCUUGGGAUCUAUGAAGUUAGAGGAGAAAUCCAUUGCUGAAGUCCCUGAAGUGAAUCUUGGCAGGAAUUUGGUUGAUUCCACUACAGGUAGCACUAGAUCAAGUAGAAGUAGGACAGAGAAGGAGCCCAUUGGUAGGCACAAGACAAACAGUAGGGUUGCUAUAUUUCGUGAUCGUGAGGUUGAUCGUAAAGAUCCUGACUAUGACAGGAACUAUGAAAGGUAUAUGCAAAGAUUUGAUCCUGGGUUUGGAUUCAAUGGGGGACCAUAUGGCAUGCAACCCAUGUAUACGCCUGCUUUGAACUACAAUACUGAAUUCCCACAGCUCGGAUCAGCACAUAGGCCUCAAAUUUCAGUGGAUCACCAAUCUCGAGCAAUCCCUCAACACUUACGUGGGCCAUGGGUUUCUACAUCUAAUCCUGCUGGAAUUGGUUAUGGUCCACCAGAGACCAUGAUGACCCCAUUCAAUCCCAAUCCUGUUGGUGCACACUCCAGUUCUGCAAUAUAUUUGCAUUCCUCUCAGUACACAGUCCCACGCCCGGGAAUGCCAUAUGUCCAUCCACAUGAACAUGUUCACCAACCUUUUACACAGUCUCACCAGCAGCAACCUGAAGCAAGUUAUGGAUUAGCCCGGCCCCGAUAAGGGGCUUGGGCCAUGCCUGCACUCUGCCAGAAAAGAUCUAGGCUUGAGAAUGGAAAAUGCCACCUUGGCACUUGUUCUCUUUAACUGGCAGGAGUGCAGGCAUAAGAACCUGAGGCUGACUGGGGCAUGCUGUUCAACCUUCUGAACUCAGUCAUAUCCUGCUCCAUCAUUCUCGGUGUUCUUUGGGGGGUACUUCUUGCAUCUUUGAUGAAGAAACCCACCUGGUUUGGCAGUUCUACUGCUUGGUUGAGCUUUGAUGAUGAUGAUAAAUGGAAGAAAAGAAGGAAAGAUGUCCACAGCUGAUAAGCAAAUGCUUAGUUGGGAUUAAGCAAGCUUUGCAGCCAUAAGAACUCGGGAUUAGCAGGUGGUUUGAGUCAGGAAGAUGGCUCUUGAGAUAUUGGCUCGCGAAAGCUAGGGUGCAUAUCUUAACAUGUUUUACAAAAGCUCUGUUUCACUUCCACCAUAUGAAUAGGUUCUUCGUGAAAACAUGAUUGCAGUAUAUCAAAGGAAUCUCUUGGUGUAUGAUAUUUACUUACAUCUGUUACAAAAUUUUUAAACUGCCUGUGUUAUUGUCAACAAUGUCUAUGGUGAAAGUUUUAUGAACUCCAUAUUGGGUAUUUCUAAAAUGGAAGCAAUUGCUUGUGGACUCCCCAGUCCCCAUCGGCAAUUGUGGCUUCUUCCUCUUAA